CACUUUAUCAAUCUUUGACAUGUUGAAAGCUAUUAUAAUUGCCUGUGCGACUCUGGCUCUGGUCUCGGCGGCUCCUCAGCGCCUGGAGGGGCGUAUUGUCGGUGGCGUAGAUGCUAAAUUGGGACAAUUUCCGCAUCAGAUCUCAUUGCGUCAAUCGGGUUCACACAUUUGCGGUGGCUCCGUCAUCUCCCGCGAUGUUAUUUUGACUGCGGCGCACUGCGUCAGUAUUCAGAUGGAAAACGGCACAGUCGUUGUCACGCCGGCCUCUUUGCUGAGCAUAAGAGCUGGUACCUUGGAUCGCUUCCAAGGCGGCAUGCUUAUCAAUGUGAUCGAUGUGGUUGUGCAUGAGGAGUACUCGAGCUUUUGGAAUGAUGUGGCACUACUGAAGCUGGAACGGCCUCUCAUUUACUCCAGUCAGUUGCAUGCCAUACCGUUGGCUACGGUUGAAACACCCGUAGACAGUGAGGUGAUCAUCUCUGGAUGGGGUCGCCUCACAUGGGGUGGCGAUGUGCCCCGUUUGAUGCAAUGGAACACUCUAAGUUCGAUAUCGAAAGCCAAAUGCGGGCUCAGCAUUGGUGUCUUUAAGGAUCACAUGCUCUGCCUGGCCCAUGAAAUGAACAACGGUGCCUGCAAUGGCGACUCUGGCGGUCCAGCGAUCUUCAAUGGAGAGCUGGUCGGUAUUGCCGGUUUUGUAGUCGGCGGUUGUGGUUCCGACAAGCCCGAUGGCUAUGCCAAGGUCUUCUACCAUCGCGAUUGGAUUAUUAAACAUGCCAAUUUGUAGUAAAAUCAUUAAUUAUUGAUUAACAAGAGCUUAAUUUCCUUCACGAAUAAAGGAAACAAAAUUUCGAUCUUUGAAA